ACCAGGAGUUACGCAUGGACGCAGUGGGCUGGCGGUGGGCAGGCACAGCAACUGUUACAGUUCCUGUCAGGAAAGAGGCAACAUGUCGAUGGAGGACCCGUUCUUCGUGGUGAAAGGGGAGGUGCAGAAGGCCCUGUCGCGGGCGAGGGGCCUGUUUGAGCGCUGGGAGGAGCUGCUGCAGGAGGGCACCCCGGUCAGCAGGGAUGAGCUGGACUGGAGCACCAACGAGCUGCGCAACUGCCUGCGAGCCAUCGACUGGGACCUGGAGGACCUGCACGAGACCAUCAGCAUUGUCGAGUCCAACCCCGGAAAGUUCCGUCUGGGAGAGAACGAGCUGCAGGAGAGGAGGGACUUUGUGGAGAGAACCCGGCAGUCGGUUCAGGAGAUGAAGGAGCAGCUCUCCAGCCCCUCGGCUGUGGCACAAGCAGAGAAGAAGAACAGAGAGGCGCUGAUGGCGGCCCCGUCUCAGGAGCGCUACACUAGUCUGGAGCCGCACCUGGUGUCUGCCAACUCCCGCUACAUCCAGGAGCAGCAGGAGCAGCAGCAGUUGAUAAUGCAGGAUCAGGACGAGCAUUUGGAGCUGGUGACAGGCAGCAUCCGUGUGCUGAAGGACAUGUCGGGACGCAUCGGAGACGAGUUGGAUGAUCAGGCUGUUAUGUUAGGAGAGUUCAGUGAGGAGAUGGACCAGACAGGUUCGAGGAUGGACUCGGUGUUGAAGAAAAUGGAGAAGGUGUCUCACAUGACCAGUAGUCGGCGGCAGUGGUGUGCCAUCGGUGCCCUCGUCACCAUCAUCCUGGUGGUGCUCAUCCUCUUAUUCGCUCUAUGAGAGCUGGCGCUCCGUCUCGAAUGUUGUCUCGGCCACAUCAGCCAUUUCCUGCCCAUGACCCUGAGGACAGCGGAGAGGAUGAGGAGUGAGGAAGAGUGAGAGAAGAACCUUCAAGAACCCUUUCUCCUCUUCUCACGCUUUUCCUCCUCUGUCUGAACCUCUAGAACAGAGGAGGGAGAGAGAGAGAGAGAGAGAGAGAGAGAGAGAGAGAGAGAGAGGUGUUAUAUAUUUUUUUCCUUAACUUCCUGCCUCCCUCCCUUUCUCUGGUUCUGGAAUAACUCUUGAACAUGGCUUGUGACGGAUUCCUCAAGAGUGAGCACCAGCUGGACUUGAAUAGAUUCACUAGGUUAUUGUCCUUAAAUGUCCUUAUUUUUAAAAAUCCAGGCCUAAAAUAACUUGUAUUUUAAAGACUGGUACCUGCCACACAGAAAGCGGUACUGGGAGUCAGUGUUGCCUUAAAUAUAUGUCUCCUGUUAGCAGUGCACCAAGUAAGACAUGCACAAAUCUGAAACACUUUACUCCAUGGAUUGUAUCACUGAGCUGAAGAAUGCCGUGGGCUUUGUGUCCUUCCUGUCCUCUGCAUAGUUUGUGCUUAUAGUGCCUGCUGUCUGUACUCUGAGGCUGCUCGAUGGCCUGGCAACACAAGCACAAUUGGCUGCCGGCUCCCUCUAGUGUUUAUUUCUGGUGUAAACUUAAAGUGACCCCAUGCCCCAUCAUGGAGAAUUUUGUGUUGUUGAAACAACUUGCUUCUUUGAGAGAAGAAAGGUAAUGCAAUUGUUUGUUUUUGUUUUUUUUUUUUUUUUAAAGGCCUUCACCUCAGGUACGGUUUUGUGCAGCUCUGAUUGAGCAUUGCCAGGUAAGGGACAGCUUGAGAGUUAAAGCACAUUUCAUCAAUGUCAAGCUAUCCUGCGUGGAGUAGCAUGGUAGGACAUAGUAUUAAGAAACAUCUUCUAUCCACGUUUCCUGGCCCUUUUAUUCAGACCCAUUUGUGUCAUUGUUGGUCAGACCAUGCCUUAACAUAUUAUGCCCCUGUUUGAUAACCCCUGAAAUAUGACUCCUUGCCAAAUUAUUUCAUACUGUAUAAACAUUGUGUUAUAUUUUCAUUGAUUUGAAUUGCUCAAUUUCUAAGUGGGAGUGCAGACUUUUAUAUACGCGUAAUAUUUACUAACAUCAAUGAUUUCUCGAACACAUUUCUGAUGUGUGUGUGUGUGUGUGUGUGUGGUGUGUCACAGCUGGCCUUGCUAUUUAGUUUUUGCCUCUAAGAGCCCCACUACUAAAAAACAAACAACUAAAAACCAAACAAACAAAAAUGCAUCAUAGCAGUGAUGCCAGAGAAGGUGCCUGUUAAUCGAAUAUACAGCAAGACUAUACAGUAAGAAGCAGCCCUCUGUGUUCCUCUGAUCCCUGUUAAUCGAAUAUACAGCAAGACUAUACAGUAAGAAGCAGCCCUCUGUGUUCCUCUGAUCCCUGGGCCUAGAGUGGCCACCGAGGGGGAGAAGGGUGAUGGUGCCAUGUUCCCGUUCCCACUAUUGUUCUUUUCAGGCGCUUUAAAGGCCUUUAAAGUUAUCUGAUUUGGCCAUGUCAGUAUCUCAUAGUUUGAGUUGCAGGUGUGAACAGCGUUGUUGUGUGUGUGUGUGUGUGUGUGUGUGUGUGUGUGUGUGUUUUUUUUUAUUUUUUAUUUUAUUGUUAUGUUUAUUUUAGGAACAGGUUAUCACCCCCAUUGACUUUAUAAUUGACAUAUUUUUUUAAUCUAAGCAGAAGGCCACUAUCUCAUGCCUGGACUUGCCCAGUCCUUACAGAACUCCUGACAGGAAAUUCCUAUGCGUACAACAAUAAGCUCCACUGCCUGUGGAUAGUCGCUAAAGAAACAGGAAGUCUGUGUUCACGUGGCCAAGAUAUGAUGUCUCCUUCAUGUCACCAACACCCUGUGCCAGUGGUCUGUGUUUAUCAUAUCUUACUGUUAGCCUGCCAGUCCAUCAGAAGAGAAUGUACUCAGUAGGCUGUGACAAAAUGCCUCUGUGUGAUUGUGUGGGGGUUUUUUUUUCUGCUUUUUUUCUGCGUUCAUUUGCUCACCGACAGUGGGCAUUCGUGUCUACCUAGCCUGUUCUGUACCCCUUCUGUCCCACGCCAGGCAUCUUUCAUCACCAUGGUAGUGCUGGAGUUUUCAAGGGCACAAGGUACAAUCCAGCAAUUGAAACUCAGUUAAUGAACUUGUACCUUGAUCCAGCCUACCCAUGGAUUUGUCCUUCAGUCACAGAGCAUGGUGUAUUCAUAAAAUGAGUUCCACAAACGCAAGAGCCUUUUGAACUGCUAAACUGUAUUUGGCUUGCUGGUGGAGAACUGUCGGCAGCAUGCACUACUUAUAGGAAAGCUGCUUGGAUUUUUAAAGAGUUCCUGAUGGGAGAUUUUUAAAGAGUUCUUGAUGGGAGAUAUUUAAUUGCCUUUAUUUACUGUUUGGCACACUUGCUACUGCUUCCGUUGAUGCUACAUACGGCUAAACAGCGUUUUUUUUUUUUUUUCUGCUCCACUGCCUCCCUAGUUAACAAUCCAUUUCAAUAUGUUACUGAGAUUAUAAGGAGGAAUUGUACAAAAAAUGUGCUAUAUACCCUUUUGUAAAUGUAAAGACUGUAUUUGGAACAUUUGUCAUUUGUUGUGAAACUGGGUGGACUUGUCAUAAUAAACAAAAACAUGGCUUUUAA